AUGAAUAGUGCUGCCAACCUGUACCUGUACUUGUGUUAUCGAUAUCGAUAUUUGUUGCUGAGUUGGCAGGACUGUCUGGAUCAGCAGGCGGCGACUCGCGUGCGUUUUUGUUUUGAUUUGUUUACAAUGCUGCUACGGCGAAAUCUCCUAUUUCCCGCCGUGCGGUUGCUGCACAGGAGUCUCCGUCGACACCAGCAUGACCACAUAGUGCUCCAUCCGGAAGUGCGGCAAGCCCUGCAACUCCAUAAGCCGGUGGUGGCUCUGGAGUCCACGAUAAUUACGCACGGAAUGCCGAUGCCGGAGAACGUGACAACGGCCCUGGCGGUGGAGGAGCAGGUGCGCCUCCAUGGAGCUAUUCCCGCCACCAUUGGUAUACUGGACGGAAGGAUCAAGGUGGGCCUAACCCGCGAAGAACUCACCACGCUGGCCGAGAAGCCCCGGGAUCAGGUCAUCAAGUGCUCGCGUAGGGAUCUCCCAUUCGUGGUGGCCAGGAAACAGAGUGGCGGUACCACUGUGGCAGCCACCAUGAUCAUUGCCCAUCGGGUGGGCAUCAAAGUGUUCGCCACGGGAGGAAUCGGUGGCGUUCAUCGCGAUGGUCAGGAGUCUUUAGAUGUUUCCGCCGACCUCACCGAGCUGGGACGCACUCCAGUGGCUGUGGUUUGCAGCGGUGUCAAGUCGAUCUUGGACAUACCGCGCACACUGGAGUAUCUGGAGACACAGGGCGUGUGUGUGGCCAGCUACGAGAGUUCCGGUGGCAUCUUUCCGGAUUUCUAUACCCGCGACAGUGGCUGCACGGUGCCCUAUGACCUUGGCAGUGCCCAGGAGGCGGCGAAGCUCCUUCAAUCCUGGCAGGAGCUGCAAAUGCAGUCGGGUGUGCUCAUCGGAGUACCCAUUCCCGAGGAAUUUGCGGCGGAUAAGGCCAAAAUAGAGGCCGCCAUCCAAGAGGCAACGGAGCAGGCCAAGGCCCAGGGUGUGUCCGGGAAGGAGGUGACUCCCUUCCUGCUCGCCGCCAUAGCCAAGAUCACAGGGGGAAGCAGCCUCAAGUCCAACAUUGCCCUCAUCAAGAACAAUGCCAAGGUGGCAGCGCAAAUAGCUGCUUCGCUCAGCGAAAUAUCCUCGAGAAACGACUCCACCGCCGCCGCCUCCCCUUCUGGGAUAUCAAGGAAACCCCUGGUUGUUGGGGCCUCCAUUCUGGAUCUCUCCUUUACCGUGGAUGACCAGAAGCGGGAUGUAAGGCUGGACGGAGCCACCUACUCUGCGGUGGCUAAGCAGGCAGCCGGCGGCGUGGGCCGCAACAUUGCGGAAGGAAUUUACAAGUUGUACGGCGAUGUGAAUCUCAUAUCGGCCGUGGGCAACGACCAGAUGGGCCACACCCUGCUCCAGAUGAUGCCCAAGGCCCUGAAACGUGGCAUAAUCCUCGAGAGUAACCAAAAUACCUCGCUCUGCUCGCUGAUAUUUGACAAGUACGGUGACUGCAGGCUUAUACUCGGAAACAUGGAGAUCCAUCAGAGCAUUACGCCCGAGACACUGCAGGCUCACCAUCAAUUCUUCGCCGAUGCGCCCAUCAUCGUCAUGGACAGCAACAUUUCAGAGCACGCGAUGGCCAGCAUCCUGCAUCAGGCGCAAAAGAACAAGAUACCCGUCUUCUUCGAGCCCACGGACAUGUUUAUAGCGGGGAAGCCCUUCAAGCUGCUCCCGGAGCUGACCAAGAACAUACGUCUGAUCAAACCCAAUCUCCAGGAGCUCAAGACCAUCACGGAGGCUAUCACAGGUCAACCAGUGGUCUUGGAACUUGGCACCAAAGUGCCGCAGGAGAAACUCCUCCAGCAGGCCAAAUUCAUGAUCAAGCAGAUCGGUUCUCAUUUCAACUGCAUCAUAGCCACCCUCGGCGACCAUGGCGUGCUCCUUAGCUAUCGCGGCGAUGCCGAGCAGGAUGCCAGCCUGCUCUUGGACGUCAGUAAAUCCGCUGUGGCUCACCGUCUACGCUUCUACGCCGCCCCUCUGGUCCAUAAUAUAGUCAAUGUCUCCGGUGCGGGCGACAGUUUCUGUGCCGGAUUCAUCACGGCACUGCUGCAGCAGGGACGCAUCCUGGACGAGUGCGUGGCAGCCGGCUUCGUGGCCGCCGAGAAAGCCCUGCAAUCGGAGUCGGCAGUGCCGCAGUCCUACUUCUCCCACUCCGAGACCUUUGAGGGUCGCUACAAGCAGAAGGCAAAAAGCCUCCAGCAGCAGAGCAUUUAGAAGAUAUUGAAGAGAGGAUUAGUUACUCAGGAUCACUCGAGAUCUCUCAGGAUCUUUGCUUUAUUUUCCCAGGUAGUCACUUAAAGGAGAGAGUACAAUAUGAAGGAGGAUGUAGACGUCUAGUAGGCCCAUCUGAAAGAUGCAACAAAAGCCAGAUUGUCAAAGAAGAAAAAUUAAGUAUGAAAUAAAUAUAUAAAAAACUAUAAAAACCAUUAAA